AUGGACAUGACGAUUAAGGCCGACAUUGUAAAGAGAGAGACCAUCAAACCCUCGUCUCCGACGCCUCUCGAGCUCGGACACUUCAAGCUCUCUCUCUUCGAUCGGUUCUAUCCCGUCUUUUACACUCCCCUCAUCCUCUUCUACGCCGGCAGAGACGAUGGCGGGGCUGCCUAUGAGAAGUUGCGGUGGUCGACGACGGCAUUGUCGGAGGUCCUUGCUCUCUUCUACCCUCUCGCGGGACGGAUCGUGCACAACUUGUCUUUGGAAUGUCUCGACCAAGGUGCCGAGUACUUGGAGGCGGCAGUAAAUUGUGAUCUCUCUCGAGUCCUCCAAGAACCCGACAUGGCGGUUCUCGGGAAGUUUCUCCCCGCCACUGCAUACAUCGAAUCCGCCAACGCUACGGCGGCACCAUUGCUUCUCGUGCGGGCCAAAUUCUUUGAGUGCGGCAGAUUGGCAAUCGGCCUUUGCAUCAUGCACAAGGUCGCCGAUGCGGUGACGCUCCCCAAGGCCACUGGGGCCAUCAAGGAGGCCAUGAUUCCGGAGUUCUGCACGGCGAGCAUGUUCCCGCCUCCGGAUUCUCUUGCCAACUCUAUUCCCUCUGUUGUCCCAACAAAGGAGAAGUGCGUCCGGAGAAGGUUCCUCCUAGAAUCCACAAGAGUCGCCGCUCCGAGGAAGAGAAUCGCGGGGCAAGGAGGGCCGGCGCCGACGGCGGUCGAAGCCGUGUCGGCGCUAGUCCUGGAAGUGCUCACUGCGGCAUCGAGAAAGAAGAAGACGAAUCUCAGCAAGACUGCGACUCCAAGGCCGUCCUUGCUGUCGCAGACGGUGAACUUGCGGAGACGUAUCAAGCCGCAGCUAUCGAGCAACCUCACGGGGAACCUGGUAGGGUUCUUCGUGGCUCGGGCGGACGAGAGGGAGAUGGAGAUGCGCGGUCUCUUUGUUCGGCCGAGGGAGGCGCUCGAGGGCUACUACAAACGCCUUGUGAAGAGGCUCCAUGGGGACGAUGCAUGCGCGGCCAUAUGCGAAGAAACCAAAGAGUUUGGGGAGCUCUGCACGAGCUGGUGCAGAUUCCCUUUCUACGAAGCUGAUUUCGGCUGGGGGAGGCCGGUUUGGGCUUGCACGGAGAGCGCAGAGAGCCCCAACUUGUUCGUGCUGAUGGACGCGAGUGACGGCGGUGGGAUUGAAGUUUGGUUGACGUUGCGGGAAGAGGACAUGGCCACGGUUGAGCGGGAUGCAGAUCUCCUUGAGUUUGCUUCCUUGAAUCCUACCAUUUGCUGGUGA